GUAAAAAUGAUCUUUGUUUUAUCAUUUUUAAAAUGAAGGUAAGCAUUCUAUAUUCUAUAAGUUUAACAAUGAGUUUCAAUUGUUUUAAAAAAAAUAUUUUUUUCUUAUUUGUACAUAGCAUCAAAGUCAGUCUGUUAAAAACGUGCUGCUUGUGUCAGUCAUGGUAAAAACUUCUAAAUUUAAAAAAAAUACAACUAAAAAUUAAAUUUGGACCGAAAAAGUAGCACAAACCUAUAACUGACACUGUACAUUUUCCUAUUCAUUACUUUGUAGGUUAUACAAUACUUCUAAAUAUUAAAAAAACAAAUCUUGCAGAGCAUAGAUAAGAAGGCCAAACACAACCAGGUAAAAUAUAAUUGAGAAUAUGAUCUGAUACUUUGCUCUUCGUGCAAUAGCCGUUUCCCCUAGCAACCUCUCAACUAUGUUGCCCUUUGACCCCGCUGCAUUAACGAAUGGAAACGGCUCGUCAGGAAUUGGUUUUCCAAGGAAUUUACAGAGUGGAGCCCAACCCUGAGAGAAGUCAAUGCCGAAUUAAAAUUCUUUAUCCUGAACCACAAGCAGUAGAGAUGGACCCUGAUGAACUAUGGGAGCAAAUACUUGGAGUUAUGAAGGAAGCCAUCCAAUCAGCAUCUAUUACCCCGGAUAAAAUAGCUUCUAUUGGAAUUUCUACACAACGUGGGACUUUCAUGUUAUGGGACAAAGAAACAGGAAAACCGUUUCAUAACUUCUUGGUUUGGCAGGACACACGUGGAGACGCAUUGUCCAAAUCAUGGAAUGAUUCUUACACAAUGAAGUUUUUACGACCCGCAUCAAAAGGUCUUCACUUGCUCACACAAAGAAAGAAGUUUCUUGCAGCUGCAGUGUUGAAGUUUAGGACGCAACAUGUUUCUAUUCGAUUACUUUGGUUGUUCAACCAAUACCCAGACCUCAAAGGAUUGGCCAGAGAAGGGAAAGUGAGAUUUGGAACUCUUGAUACUUGGGUAGUGUGGAAGUUAAGUGGGGGCAAGGUGUAUACAUCGGAAUACUCAUGUGCAAGUUCUACAGGAAUUUAUGAUCCUUAUAUUUUAGACUGGAGCGGGUUUUUUUGCUCAGUGUUAAAUAUUCCAAAGGAAAUAUUCCCGCCCGUUAUUGACACUUAUGAUGAUUAUGGGGUUUGUGAGAAAGAUCUAUUUGGGUUUAAAAUACCAAUAAGGGCAGUGGUUGGGGACCAGCAAGCUGCUAUGUUCGGGCAGUGCUGUUUCGAACCUGGAGAUGUAAAAUUAACACUUGGAACUGGGGCGUUUUUAGAUUUAAACGUCGGAAAUAAACCACACACUUCAGUGGCUGGGUUCUACCCAAUUGUAGGUUGGAAAAUUGGUGACAAAGUCGUCCAUCUUGCUGAAGGAAGUUCUAACACAGCAGGUGACGCUGUGGAUUGGAUGAAAGGAAUGAACUUUAUAAAGGAACCAUGCGAUUCAGACGAUAUUGCCAAUUUAGUUGAUACUUCUGAAGGCGUUUACUUUGUGCCUGCCUUUAAUGGAAUCCAAGCUCCAAUUAAUGAUUACUUGGCUUGUGGUGGUAUGAUGGGUAUUACUCAGAAUACAAAGGCACCUCAUAUCGUUCGAGCAGUUUUAGAAUCUCUUGCUUUUCGGAACAAGCAGGUUUUUGAUUCAAUGGUGGCGGAAACGAGUUUAAAAAUAAAAAGAUUUGUCUGUGAUGGGGGCGUAUGUGCUAACAAGCUGAUAAUGCAGUUAACUGCAGAUCUGGUUGGCCAGAUAAUAAACAGACAAGAACAUAGUGAAAUGUCUGCCCUUGGUGCUGCUUAUUUAGCUGGCUUGGCUGUUGGGUAUUGGAAAAACAUGGAAGAAUUAAAAAGUUUGCCAAAACAGGUAAAAUCAUUCACACCAAAUGAAGAGAAUGCGAAAAAAUAUUCUCCGAUCAUGAAGAAUUGGUGCAGAGCGGCGAAACGUUCAUUAAACUGGUAUUCUGAUACUUGAACAAUAAUAAAAUAAAAUAUUUUUUCGGCCUAUCUGGUAUAUAAAAUUAUAAUUUUAUUUAAACGUUUGGUCUGCUUAAAGUCUUGCCAAAUAGCAGAUGAAGCGUUGGAAUAUAUUUAACGUUAUAUAUACCAGAUGAGCCGAAAAAAUCCAUUUUUUUGUUAUGCUAGAGUUGGUUUUUAUUAGGAGUAACUAAGGUUGCAUUUUUACAAAAAGUUGCAAAAUUUAAUAUUUUUGUAUAAUUUUAAAACAAGAUUUUUCUAUGCAACACCACCACAUAUUAUAAAAGAUAUAUACAUUUAUCAGACUCUGGCUUGCAUGUUUGUAUUACAGUAUAAUGAAGGAUGCAACAAUUUUCUCUUGUGUUACUGUUUAUGUAAUUUCCAUUUAAAAUCAUUAAUAAAUCCUUUAAAUGUACUAAAUUGCAUUCCCGUUAAUUAAAACCAUCUGUUUGUUAUAAAUUUCUAAACAGUACAAAAUAUUGAAUUCUAAAAACCGUUCUUUUUCGGGUCAAAUUAAUCCAUCUUUUGUGUUACUUUUAAUACAUACUGAUUUUUUUAAAACUAACUUUAUGGAAUAACUAGUGCACUCUUUACUAAAUGUUCUCGUUGUUAUAAAGUAAGGUUUUGUAUCUAUAUAUGUAUGUGCAAUAUAGAUGUAUGUAUUUUUUUAACUUCUGUUAAUUAACCAUGUUAAUCACUUACCAGCUAAAUAAUGUUGAAAUAUUGUGAAUGCCUUAGAACUUUUUGAAUGUACUUAAUGAAUUAUUAUUAAACAAAUAAAUAACAUGAUAAAAAA